AUGACAAAAUACGCUUAUUCUCACGGGAGGAUACCAUCCGAUGACUCUGUCGAUCCGGUAGCUGCGGAAAAGCACAAGAGACGACGUCGAGAACGGGAUCUGGAAAGGGGCGAGAGUAGGCGUCACCACCGACGUGGUGGCGCCGGUGGUGAAGAUGGGGAUAGGCCGAGGAGGAAGAGGAGACGAAGGUCUGUUGCUGCGGGGUACGGCGAUGGUGGGCAUUCGGGGCGUGGGGAGGGGAGACCUCGGAGAAGUAGGAGUCAGAGUGCGCCGCCGCCCCCACCGGAGAAGAGGAGGAGGAGGUGUGGGCCUUGCUUUUGUAGGUUUGGUCCAUUCAGUUAGCGUAGGUAGGGAGUAGGGGGCUGAUUGAGGGUUUUUUUUAUAGGGAUCUUGCUUGGUUUGAUAAUUCUCCUGUUGAUCAUACUUAUUCCUGUUGGGGUAUUGGUUGUUGGUAAGAAGAAGGAUGCUGCGAGUGGUGGAAUCGAUGAGGGGUUGGGGAAGGGCGAGAAGGGUGGGAGCAUCGGUGAUAUUGAUGCUUCUAGUAUUCCGGUAUGCUUUUAUUGAUUCCUCGGCUGGCCUCGCUUUCGUGACACUGACUGACUGUUUGGGGGUAGUCUGAAUAUAAGGGAACUUAUUAUGACCCGUUUACUUGGAUUGAUACGCAAGAUUUCAACCUUACCUUUACUGAUCGGAAAGUCGGAGGUCUUCCUGUUAUGGGUCUUUGGGAUGACUAUGAUGAUUCCGUCCAGGCGAACGAGAAUGUUCCACCUCUGGACCAGGAGUUUCCCUAUGGGACUAAGCCUAUUCGUGGUGUCAAUCUUGGAGGAUGGCUUAUUAUUGAGCCUUUCAUCACACCGUCUUUCUUCGAUAAGAUUGACUCCAAACUUGGUGUUGUGGACGAAUUCACCCUUAGCAAACAUCUUGGCCCUACCAAUGCGGCAAAGACGGUUGAGCAACAUUAUGCAAACUUCAUUAACGAGAGCGCUUUCCGGGAAAUCAAGGAAGCCGGGCUUGAUCACGUUCGUAUUCCUUUCGGGUAUUGGGCCGUCAUGACUUUAGAUGGUGACUCGUUCGUUCCAAUGAUCUCUUGGAGGUACUUGCUCCGGGCGGUUGAAUACGCGAGAAAGUACGGAUUGAGGGUCAAGCUCGACUUGCAUAGUGUGCCUGGAGGAGCGAAUGGCUGGAACCAUAGUGGUAGACUCGGGAAAAUCGGGUGGUUGAAUGGCACGGACGGAGAUAGCAAUGCUCAAAAGACCCUGGAUAUACAUAACCAGUUGGCGACGUUCUUUUCCCAACCUCGAUACAAGAACGUAGUGACUAUGUACGGUCUUGUCAAUGAGCCGAAGAUGAUCAUCCUUGAUGCGGGCAGGGUUGUUGAGUGGACUGUCAAGGCUCAUGGGGUUGUUCGUAAAGCAGGUUAUCGGGGAUAUAUCAUUUUUGGUGAUGGGUUUAGAGGGUUGGAAAACUGGAAGGGUGAAUUCAGGGGCUUGGAUAAGAUGUUGCUCGACGUCCAUCAAUAUGUCAUCUUCAAUAAUGAGCAGAUUUCAGCAACCCAUUCCGCCAAGGUCAAAUUUGCUUGCGAAGGAUGGGGCCGGCAGAUGGCGCAGAGUGUUGAUACUUCUACUGGGUGAGUGGCUAUCUCGGGUAGGAAUUUGGAGGAUAUUGGCCGCUGACUGCUGAUUUUAGGUUUGGGCCUACCGUGGUUGGCGAAUGGGGACAGGCUGAGACGGAUUGCACACCUCAUCUCAACAAUGUAGGUCUUUAAUUUUUGGGGCAGAGCAUUUCGCAGGGGCUUUUUCUAACCUGUUAUAGGUUGGGAUUGGAUCGCGCUGGGAAGGCACUCUCAAUUCCGGAGAUCCUCUUAGCCAGACCAACGUGCCUAGUUGUCCCGGUGGGAAAGGGUGCUCGUGCGAGGGAGCCAACGCUAGUCCUUCCACCUAUUCAAAGACAUAUAAGAAUUUUCUCCUUAUGUUUGCUGAGGGUAUUUAUCCCUAUAUGUUGUUUGGGGUGGCUGAGCUGGUGUUAACAUUUUCAUUAUAGCCCAAAUGGAUUCCUUCGAAAAGAGUUGGGGGUGGUUAUACUGGACCUGGGACACUGAAGCCGCGACUCAAUGGUCCUACAAGAAGGGUCGUGCGGCCGGAAUCCUUCCCAAUAAGGCAUACACCCGGUCCUUCAAAUGCAGCGAUACGAUCCCGGACUUUGCGAGCGAGGGAUUACCAGAAACCUAUUAGAUUAACUAUCCCUGUUUUCCUUUCUCUCUUGUUAUUCCGGAGUUUGGGAAUUUGGAGCCUUGUAUUUUACCAUAUAUAUACGAUACGACAGCACAUGCAUCGAUAAUGAUGAUGAUGCGAUAAUGCGCCGACCUAUUUUUUAUGAGAGUCGUUUUACCUUUUUUCUUCUGAAUUUAAUUUAAUUUGGGGGGUGGAGAGGGAAAAGACAGAAAAUUAUCAUGCAUUGGGCGAGACUUGUGAAUGAUGUAGCUUUAGUUGUAUAAAUCAAUUGGCCUAUGGAUGGGCAUGGGGAAUUAUGAUAAAGGGUAACUCGC